GCAGUGUGGACAGACGAACAGACAGACGGACAGACGGACAGCAGGGUGACGAUCUGUGCUGUGUGUCCUGCUCUUUAUCAUGAAGCUUCUCCUCUUCCUCAGUGUGUGUGUGUGUGUAGCGCUCGCUCAGCAUUUAAACAGUGACUACGAUGAUGAUGAUGAUGUAAAACCACCAGCGCGUAACAACAACGUGACGGAUCCUCGAGGUCACAGGCCUCUAACCCGAGGUCGUGAGGUCUACACCCCUGUCGCUGCUCCUCCUCCCGUUACCGGGCGUAACCGAUAUGGCCCGCGUCCCACCGCGGCUACAGGGAGCCAGGUUCAGGAGGAGAAGCAGGAAGUCCAAGACAGUGGAGGAUGCGCCCACGCACUAGAGACAAUAGGAGUCCUCUGUCCUACAGGCUGUGAACUGAAAGCGAGUUUAGUGAAGCAGGAGCGCGACGUUAAACCCACCGUGGCUCAGCUGAAGAGAGACGUGGAAACUCUAUCACAGACCUCCAACUCUGUCUACAAAUACGUGGUGGAUCUGACCUCAGAAAUCACCGAGAGACAGAGAAUCAACGACGGAAACAACGACUUGGUUAGUCAGUACACAGAUGACCUGGAGGUCCAGCACGUGUUCGUGAAAGAAUCAGUGGAUGUGACGUUUCCACAGAACAUUAAAAUUCUGCAGGGGGUGCUGGACAAAGUGCGUGAGAAGAUUCAGCGCCUGGAGAAGGCGGUCGCGGCUCAGACGGAGAAGUGCGCCCAGCCGUGUGUGGUGUCCUGCCCCAUCCCCGUGGUGUCUGGAAAAGACUGCGAGGAUAUCUUCAGGAAUGGAGGAGAAUCUUCUGAGAUGUAUCUGGUGCGUCCAGAAUCCUCACAGCCAGCGUAUAAGGUCUUCUGUGACCAGACGACGCAGAAUGGAGGCUGGCUGCUGAUUCAGAACCGUUUGGACGGCAGUGUGGACUUUGGCCGGCGAUGGGACGAAUACAAGAGAGGUUUUGGAAACGUUGCGUAUGAUGUUGGGAAAGGUCACUGCGAAACUCCUGGUGAGUACUGGCUCGGUAAUGACCGCAUCAGUCAGAUCACUAAGACAGGUCCAACUGAGGUCCUGAUUGAGAUGCAGGACUGGAGCGGCACCAAGGUGCACGCUCAGUACCAGCAGUUCACCGUCCAGGGUGAGGCCUCCAACUACAUCCUGGCGGUGGAUAAAUACUCCGGCACGGCGGGUAACACCUUCCUCACCGGGGCGACCGAGCUGUUUGGGGUAAAUCGCACCAUGACCAUCCACAACGGCAUGAUGUUCAGCACCUACGACAGAGACAAUGACCGAUGGGUGCCCGGUGACCCGUCUAAACAGUGUUCAAAAGAAGACGGAGGUGGAUGGUGGUACAACGCCUGCCAUUCGGCCAAUCCUAAUGGGCGAUACUACUGGGGCGGAGCUUACACCAAGAACAUGGCCAAGCACGGGACAGACGACGGCAUCGUGUGGAUGAACUGGAAGGGCUCGUGGUACUCACUCAAGACCAUCAGCCUCAAGAUCAGACCCUAUUUUGCUCAGAGAUAAUACACACACACACACACACACAUUUUAUUCGGUAAAACAAGUACUCUUACUCUCUUAAUCUUAAGUGCUGUUUUAGAAAUAGAGAAAUAAAAGAGAAAUAAAAAACAUGAACAAGAGUGAAAUAUAACAAAAAAUGAAAACUGAAUUAAAUGUCAUGAACCUGUUUGUGUUCGAAAAUAAAACAGAUUCUGUGUGAAGAUUA